UGCAAACAAAAGUUACAUUUUAAUUUUUUUUUAAUUUUGUCUUUUUUUUUUUUUUAUUUGAUGAUCCAAACAGAAGCCUUUCACUCUUCUUCGUACCCUUUUCUCUCUUUCUCACUGUCGUUUCACUCUGUACACUCAGCGAAAAAAUUCCGUUUUUCAGGUUUUAAGGGGCGUAUGCAUUUGUUCAAGCAAUCAACAUGUUUUGGUGAUUUUGGAGUUUUGGGUCUGCUUCAAACGGAGUUUAAGGAUUGACUUCUAAAGAUCAGGUUUUUCUGAACAUUAAUUUUUCUUAGGAGGUUUCAGAUGGGGAGCCCCGAUGAGCCCAACACAAAGGGCAUUGACGCGUCGGUGGGUGGCUUGGUUUGGGUCCGGCGCAGAAACGGUUCGUGGUGGCCUGGUCGGAUUAUGGGCCUUGAUGAGCUCUCUGAGGGUUGUUUGGUUUCUCCAAGAUCCGGUACUCCUGUUAAGCUUCUUGGUCGUGAAGAUGCAAGUGUGGACUGGUAUAAUCUUGAAAAGUCUAAGAGGGUGAAGGCCUUUCGCUGUGGAGAAUAUAAUGAAUGUAUUGAGAAAGCAAAGGCUUCAGCAGCAAAUUCUAGCAAGAAAGCAGUGAAAUAUGCUCGAAGAGAAGAUGCUAUUCUCCAUGCUCUUGAGAUUGAGAGUGCACGUCUAGGCAAGGAUCAUCCAGACUAUUUCUCUCGAAAAGAUAGUUUUGGUGGUGACGAGGGUAGUUUGGCCAGAGAAUUACCUACCAUGUCACAUUCUGGUAAAGAAAAUGAGGAUAUGACUGGUGAAAUGAGUGAAUCUGAUGAUGAAUCAGAUUCAGCUCCAGAGUUAUCACAGUCUGGCAUAUCCUUUGAAGAGCCAAAUAAUGGUACUAAGGGGCACACUAUGCUGGUAAAGAGAAGAAAAACUCCAAAUGAUUCAGAGGAUGAUGGAAUGGAAGGAAUCAAGCGUAUGAGAGGACUUGAGGAUUUAGGCAUGGGUGUAGGAUCAAAAAGAAAAGCCCAGGCUGCAGGGGUGCUCGAACUAGUUCAACAAGAUAAUGCUUCCUUCUAUGGAUCAAACACUGUCAAUUGCCUGUCUAAUGGAGGUCCUGUAAAUGGUAGCAGAAAUCAUUCAUCAUUACUGAAAAGAAAGAGAUCUCAAGUGGCAAAUGUUCAUGAAUUCCUGAAAAGGAAAAAUCGUCGCCGACCAUUAACCAAGGUUUUGGAGAGUACUGCAAUGGUGUCAGUUCCAGUUGUUUGUGAUGAACUUCCAAGCUUAAGUGGUUCACCCCUUAGGGGACUCACUGACAGCAAGGUUUCAGGAAUGGAUUCUAAUGAAUCACGGAAAAGUGUUUCUGUGGUAAUUAACAAUAACAACAACAACAAUAAUAACAACUCAGAUAGUACUGGAGUUUCAUGCGAGAAUGGUGUCUUCUUAAAUGCUUCUGAACAUGCCGCCGAUGCAUCUCAAACUAAUAAUAAGACCAAAGAUAAUGAAAUUUCCAGCAUACCGGGGUUAGCUGAGAAUGAAUCUUCUGACAGGCUAUUUGAUGUACCAUUUGUUGGAGAAGAUAAAACAUGUGCAGAUUUUUCUCCAAUAUUUGUAUCUUGUUCAUCUGAGAAUCCUGAAGUUGGUGAUUUGGGAAGGCAAGCUGAAAUUGAGGGACAUAAUGAGUCUGGUUGUACCAGAUCAGUGGAUAUUCAUACAACUAGUAUUGGCGAGAUGAUAGAGAAAGGUACUGCAGAGUGGCAGUUAAAAGGAAAGAGGAAAUCGAGACAAAUAAGUAAAAAUCAAAAACACGACCUGAGAAAAUACGCUGACAUGGAUGAUGAACCAAAUGCUUAUUUGGCAGGUAUAGAGCACUUGGAUGGAUUUUCCCAGGGUUCUGGUCAGAAGGUUGAUUGCAAUGGUGUUGGUGUGUCAGUUGCCCCAUACAGUUGCAUCUUGCAAUCCAAGUCCAAGGCAGUUGUUGAAGAGCAGCUUGAUAGGUUCCGGGACUGGAAGUCUAUGUCUCAGGAGCCUCAUGUGAGAGGGCCAAUAGUGGAGGCAAAAAUACUACCUGAUGGUUCUGUCACCCCUCAAAGAUCACUUCCAUGCCGUCAGUCCCACCAUACUACUCACUACAGAUAUCAGAUGACAGAUUUUCCUGGAAAAACUUAUUCUGCUGAUUCAUCAUUAUAUGAUGUUAAGAUUGAGGUGAAAGCUAACUAUCGGCCACAGCAUGUUCCAUUAGUUUCCCUCAUGAGUAAACUGAAUGGAAAAGCCAUAAUUGGUCACCCUCUAUCAGUUGAGGUUUUGAGCGAUGAUUACUAUGGCAAUCUGGCUCAUGAAGCUGCAAUGGAGUGCACUGAAAUUGGUCAUUUAGUGAAGCGAAAUUCAGAAGGUGGACGAGUCCCUAGAAAGCUUAUGAAAAUGCAAUCGCACUUCCCUCCACGCAAAUCAGCUAAAGCAAAGAAAUCUGGACUUUUGUCCAAGAAGAUUCGGAAAUUGUCUUCAUUGACUGGUCAGAACCAAGGUGUAGCUGACAGGAAACUGGUGGCAGAUAAGCCCAAGGGUCCUGUAGUAGCUUGCGUUCCUCUAAAGUUAGUAUUCAGUAGGAUAAAUGAAGCAAUGAAUGGCUCAGCACGACCAACACAUCGCCCUUUAACAUCAGGCAAUUCAUGAGUGGGUGAUCCCCCUACUAUAGUGAAUGUGGUCACCUCCGGGAUUUUAUUCGACUAGAGAACCUCAUAGCUGGUUCAUUUUCAAAGCCUUGCCAGCAGCAGCCGCAUGCAUUCUGCCCGCAGGUAGAACCAAUACCUAUGUACAAUUGAAAUUACAUUGGGUUGUUGUAAAAAAAGGAAACUGGUAGGAGUAUGAAGGAUGAUGAAGAACAAGAAAGCUUCUCUUCUCUGGCUUUGUAUAUAUGAAAAUGCAACAUUAGUUGAGGUAUAAAGGAGGUGGGAUCUGGUAUUAGGUGAUAUCCAUGACCUGAUUUUUUUUUCUUUUAAUUUUUAAUUCAUGAAUUUAGGUUGAUUCAGGGGGCUAAUAACCUAAAAUUUGCCAGUUGCACCUCUUUUAGGCUUUGGGACUUUGAUUUGGUAAUUUAUUCCAAUUCCCAAAGCCUCUUUCCUUUCAACUUUGUUUUGUUUCCUGGAAUUCAGAUGUUUUUCUUCCAAUUUCCAAUUCCUUCUUUCCUCCAUUUUUGUUAUUGACAUGUAAUCCUAUGUUGGGUUGAUAAUGGAUCAGGCUUAAUCUCGAUAUACUUGUCAAAAAAACAGGGCCCAUUAAUUGACA